CUCUCCAUCACAACUCAAGAACUCCCUGAGGAUGACUCCUCCAGAUACCUCCAUCCACAGAUGCCCGUCUCAAAGCUCAUGGCUGCCCAGGAAGACUCAACACUCUUGGGCUUCCCUCGUGCGGAUCUGUCCUCUCUAAAGUGGAUCCACAUCAGAACUGCAGCUCACUCUGGUCACUUUUAAGGCAAGUCCAUUCAGACCUUGUCUUUAAGUCUACAAGCACAAAACAAGAACAAGACCUUCAAAACUGAGGCUUCCAGAGGACGCAAAGACACAUAUAUUAAGAUGGAGCAAGAGAUAUCGAAAGUGCAGCGUAAGAUGUCUGACUUGGAGUCAGUUCUCCAGCAGAAGGACGUGGAACUCAAAGCGUCAGAAACCCAGAGGACCAUCUUAGAACAAGACCUGGCCACCUACAUCACAGAGUGCAGCAGUUUGAAGCGCAGUUUAGAACAGGCCCGUAUGGAGGUGUCGCAGGAAGAUGAUAAAGCUCUUCAGCUCCUGCAUGACAUACGUGAACAGAGCAACAAGCUGCAGGAAAUCAAGGAACAGGAGUACCACGCUCAGCUGGAGGAAAUGCGGGUGUCUAUUCGUCAACUGGAGGAGAAUCUCUCCGCCGCUCGCCGCCGUAGUGACCUGUAUGAAUCGGAGCUGAAAGAGUCCCGUCAGACCAGUGAGGAACUCAAGAGGAAAGCUGCAGAAUAUCAGCAGAAGAUUCAGAAGGCUAAAGAACAGGGCAAAGCUGAGAUGGAAGAACUUCUGAUCAAACUGCAGAAGACCAAUGCAGAACAACAAUCAAAGAUUGAAGAACUUCAAGAGAAUCUUACCAAGGCUGUGACAUCGAGUACAGAAGCCACUGAACUGCUGCAGAAUGUUCGUCAAUCUAAAGAACGUUUGGAGCGAGACCUGGAGCGUCUACAGACCAAAGAGGACUCCACUGACAGUCUGCGUAGACGCUUACGAGAAACUGAGGAUGGAAAGAAGACCCUGGAGAAUCAGGUGAAGAGGCUGGAGUUGGUGGAACGGAGAGAAACUAAACUAAAAGAAGACAUCCAGACUAAGUCACAGCAGAUCCAACAGAUGGCCGACAAAAUCAUGGAACUAGAAGAGAACUUGCGUGACACGCAGGCCACGGCGCAGCGUAUGGAAACACACCUGGAACAGAAAAAGCAGCUUUAUGAAGACAAGAUCAAGGUUUUAGAGACUCAGAUGAAGGUCGAUUUGGCUGAAAAGGAGCUGCUGGAGUCCAAACAGAACACGUAUGAGGAGGAGUCUCGCGAGAGAGGCAAAGUGAUCAGUGACCAGACCGCGACCAUCAACGCCAUGGAGUCCAAGAUGACCAGUCUGGAGCAGAGAAUCGCUGAACUUUCUGAGGCCAACAAACUGGCAGCUAACAGCAGCAUUUACACACAGAAAAACAUGAAAGCUCAAGAGGAGAUGAUAUCUGAACUGAGGCAGCAGAAGUUUUAUCUGGAGUCUCAGGCCGGUAAACUGGAGGCCCAGAAUGCAAAGCUGGAGGAACAUCUGGAGAAGCUGACACAGCAGGAACAGACCAACAAGAGUAAAGUGAUGGAACUGGAGGCCAGACUUCGAGAGAUCGGUCUGGAACAUGAAGAACAGAAGCUGGAGAUCAAGCGUCAGGUGUCGGAGCUCACGCUGUCACUGCAGGAGAGAGAAGCUCAGAUCAGCAGUCUGCAGGCGGCACGACACGCCCUAGAGAGUCAACUACAGCAGGCCAAAACUGAGCUGGAGGAGACGACCGCCGAGGCCGAGGAGGAGAUCACUGUACUACGGGCCCAUCGGGAUGAAAUUCAGCGCAAGUUUGAUGCCCUGCGAGACAGCUGUGCGGUGAUCACAGAUCUAGAGGAGCAGUUGACGCAGCUGACCCAGGAGAACAGCGAGCUGAACCGGCAGAACUUCUACCUGUCUAAACAACUGGACGAGGCCACGGAUGAGAACGAGGAGAGACUGCAACUUAAACAGGACGUGGAGCGCCUGCGCAGAGAGGUGUCCGACCGAGAGAUGCACCUCAACAACCAGAAACAGAACAUUGAGACACUGAAGACGACGUGUACGAUGCUGGAGGAGCAGGUGCUGGAGCUGGAGACACUGAAUGAUGAGCUGCUGGAGAAAGAGAGACAGUGGGAGAGUUGGAGAUCUUCUUUGGAUGAGGAGAAGAAUCAGGCAGAGAGAAGAGCUCGAGACAUACAGAGACAACUGGACAGUGAAAAACAGAAUAGACUCUGUGCAGAGCAACGUAAUUCUGAGUCUCGUCAAGCAGUUGAACUGGCAGUGAAAGAACACAAAGCUGAGAUUCUGGUGCUGCAACAGGCCCUGAAAGACCAGAAACUCAAAGCUGAAGGCCUCUCUGAUACACUGAGUGAUCUGGAGAAGAAACAUGCUAUGCUGGAAAUGAACGCUCGCAGUCUGCAACAGAAGCUAGAGACAGAGAGGGAUCUAAAACAAAGACUCAUGGAUGAGCAAGCAAAAUUACAGCAGCAACUGGACCUUCAGAAGAGUCACAUCUUCAGACUGACACAAGGACUUCAGGACGCACUGGACCAGACUGAUCUUCUGAAGACAGAGAGAACCGACCUGGAGUACCAGCUAGAAAACAUACAGGCAGCAUACUCUCAUGAGAAAGUCAAGAUGGAGGGGACCAUCACGCAGCAGACGAAGCUCAUCGACUUCCUGCAGGCCAAGGUAGAGCACCCCUCUAAGAGGAAAAAGGGUAUCUUCAGCGGGCGACGGCGUGAGGAUAUUCUGGCAGCACUGGCAGCUCAGGGUCAGACGCAUGUGCCCGCUGUACCCGCUGUGGCCCCGGUGCCCCUGCAGUACAGUGACCUGAAGGCAGCGCUGGAGAAGGAGAGAGCCCGGUGCUCAGAGCUUGAAGACGCCCUGCAGAAAACACGCCACGAGCUCAGAGAGGCAGUUCAGUUUAAUAAAGCUCUGGAGCACAGUGGAACUCCAUCCACUCCAGGUCUGGCCCGUCAGCAGCUCAUGAUGUCAACCAAAUCCAACAAAUCACCUGAACGUCAGCCCAGCCUCAUGCCCUCCAACUCUGGCCGCAGGAAGGACGCUGGCAAUCCGGAAGAAUAUGCCAGACGUGUGAAGGACAGAAUCCAUCACAACACUCCUCACCGCUUCACACAAGGGCUCAACAUGCGAGCAGCGCGCUGCACCGUCUGUCUGGAUACAGUUCAUUUUGGACGACAGGCUGCUACCUGCAUUGAAUGUCAUGCUUUGUGCCACCCAAAAUGCUCACCCUACUUGCCAGCCACCUGCGGCGUGCCCACUGAGUAUGCCCUGCACCUGUCUGAUGCACUGUGCAGGGAGAAGGGCAGCACCUCCGGUCUGAAGGACACUGGUGGACACAUGAGACUAGAGGGAUGGCUCAAACAGCCCAGAAACGGCAAGCGAGGUCAGGGCUGGGAGAGGAAGUACGUGGUUCUGGAUGGAUAUAAAGUCAUCACAUACGAGACAGAACCAAGAGACGAGUCAGUGAAGCCACUGGAUGAGUUUGAGUUAUGUCUGUCUGAUGGAGAGGUGACGGUUCACUCGGCUGUUGGUACAUCUGAGGUGCCAAACACAGCCAAAUCAGAUGUGCAGUACGUGCUGAAGUUGGAGUCAUCUCCACAGUCGACAUGCUGGCCUGGUCAGACUCUUUACAUCAUGACCUCCGGCUUCUCAGAGAAACAGCGCUGGGUGGCUGUACUGGAAGCUAUCGUGGCGAGCAGUCGCGGCGCGAGAGAGAAAGCCGAAGCUGAUGCAAAACUGUUGGGUAACUCUUUACUCAAGCUGGAGGGUGAUGACAGGUUGGAUAUUAACUGCACUCUACCGCUGACUGAUCAGAUCGUGUUGGUGGGCUCUGAAGAGGGUCUCUAUGCCCUGAACGUGAUCAAGAACUCCCUCGCUCACAUUCCAGGUCUGGGAUCCGUGUUCCAAAUCCACAUCAUCAAAGAACACGACAAGCUGCUAAUGAUCGUGGGAGAUGAACGGGCUUUGUGUUUGGUGGAGAUUAAGAAGGUGAAACAGUCUUUGUCUCAGUCUCACCUCCCCACACUGCCUGAGAUUGUGCCGUAUAUCUUUGAGACAGUGAAAGGCUGUCAUCUGUUUGCCGCAGGCAGGAUAGAAAAUGGUCCAUGCAUCUGUGCAGCAAUGCCAAAUAAAGUCACAAUUUUACGUUACAAUGACAACCUCAACAAAUUCUGCAUCCGUAAGGAGAUUGAAACACUGGAGCCGUGCAGCUGUAUUCACUUCACGAGCUACAGCAUCAUCAUCGGUACCAAUAAAUUCUAUGAAAUUGAGAUGAAGCAGUGCGUUCUGGAUGAGUUUCUGGACAAGAAUGACGUGUCGCUGGCGUCGGCUGUGUUCACUGGGUCCUCUCACAGUUUCCCAAUCGCCAUCGUCCAGGUGUCCAGCACUCCACAGAAGGAGGAAUAUCUGCUCUGCUUCCAUGAGAUUGGAGUGUUUGUGAACGGUUACGGUCACAGAAGUCGUCCGGACGAUAUCAAGUGGAGUCGACUUCCUCUGACGUUUGCAUUCAGAGAGCCGUAUCUGUUUGUCACCUACUUUAAUUCGCUGGAUGUUAUUGAGAUUCAGGGACAUGCAGCUCUUGGGCCUCCUGGUCUCGUACACCUGGACAUUCCUAACCCGCGGUACUUGGGUCCAGCUAUCUCAUCUGGUGCCAUCUACCUGGCCUCCUCGUACCAGAACAAACUGCGGGUGAUCUGUUGUAAGGGCAGUCUGGUGCGAGAGUCUGGAGAACUUCAGAGGACCGGUUCUAGCAGGAGCAGCCCAAACAAGCGUGGGCCCCCCACGUAUAACGAGCACAUCUCCAAGCGCCUGGCUUCAGGUCCUGGGGCCCAGGAGAGCCAGCUGCACCGGGAGCCCAGCACCCCUCACCGUUACCGCGAGGGGCGUACGGAGUUCCGGAGGGACAAAUCUCCCGCAAGGCCUCUGGACCGUGAGAAAUCGCCAGGCCGCGCUGUGCUAGACAGCCGCAGAGAGCGGUCACCCGGGCGCUUCGAGAGCAGUGGCAGCGAGAGAGACCGGGAGCGCUCGCGCCUUCACACUAGCUCUGUACGCACUCAACUGACGCCCGUCAACAAGGUUUGGGACCAGUCUUCGGUCUGAGAACGUUCCGGAGAGAUGACGUAAAGAGCCAUCGUCCACUUCCUGCAUGGAUGGACAUGCCAUUUUAACAGGCGCUUCAUAUAACACUGAACUAUAUCAUCUCAUGCCUGUAACCGUGAAAAGAGCCAUGUUAUUUCUCUUGCAGCCAUAAUAUUAUAUUAUACUUGAGUCUGGGAUAUUUUGCUAACAUUGUAAACUUGCUGUUACCAUUUACAAAGGUCCACUGUAAACAAACUCAAGAGCAAUUUGGAGAAAGAUUCAGAGGAAUGUUCCAGGCUUGAUAUAAGGGAAGUUCUAUCAACAGCAUUUAUGGCAUAAUGCACAUUACCACAGAAAAUAAUCUUGACUUGCCCCUCAUUUAAAAGAAAAAAGAAAAAAGCAAUAAUUGUGGUUCAAGCAAGGCCAUAAACAUUAUUAUUAUUAAACAAAAGCAAUUAUCUACGAUUCUCUUAAAAUUGUUUCUUUGGUGUUUUUCAAUUCUCUGCCAUUGCUUUCUUGUGCUGAUGUUCAUCAAUAUGGCGACUACGAGGAAAAAAGUCGUGACCAAAACAGAAGUCAUUUCAAUGCAACACAAUUUUUAUGUUUGUGGAAGCAAGGAUGCUUUUAAAGGGAUAGUUCGCCUAAAAACGAAAAUUCUCUCAUCACUUAAUCACCCUCAUGCCAUCCCAGAUGUGUAUGACUUUCUUUUUUCUGCAGAACACAAAUGAAGAUUUUUAGAAGAAUACUUCAGCUCUGUAGGUUCUCACAAUGCACAUCAAGGAGUACCAAAAUUUCAAAGCUCCAAAAAGCACAUAAAGGCAGCAUAAAAGUAAUCCAUACGACUCCAGUGGUUUAAUCCAUGUCUUCAGAAGUGAUAUAAUAGGUGUGGGUGAGAAACAGAUCAAUAUUUAAGUCCUGUUUUACAAUAAAUUCUCGUCCCUGCCCACUAGGUGGCGAUAUGCAUGAAGAAUGUGAAUCGACAAAAACAAAAGCAGCUUGUGAAAGUGAAAGUGGAGAUUUAUAGUAAAAAAGGACUAAAAAUAAAUGUUUCUUAAAAGGUGCUGUAAGCGAUUUUAGCGUUCCGAAGCUUUCACGUGACCAAGUCGUUGAAUUAGCCACGUCCCCUCAUUCCAAAACCCCGCCCCCAAACAUAAUUUUGAGAUCAAAAUCGAGCAAAAGAGCAGCAUUGUUUGUUCCUGUCAAAUUCAACAGUGGCACAAUAGCACCCUCAACUGACAAACAUGCAUCAUAGCCUCAAUGAUCCGCUUCAAAUUCAACACUAUGAGAGGCAGCAAAAUGAUUGACAGGUGAAAAGCAUCAAUGUCGCGGAAAAAUGGACACAUUUUUGUUUGCUGUUUACAAAGUCUAGAGCUGUCACAGAGACCGGUGAGAUAUCUCAGGACACUUAUUUCAUUAAUAUCUUAAGGGAGUUCAUUAAAAUAAUAAGGGAGUAGGAAAAUUUUUUGCAUACUUUUCAAUGAAAAAAAUAAUUUCUUACAGUAUAUUGGAAUAAUUUCUUUAGAUUUACAUGGCAUAUUAUUUUCUAAAUCAACUGGAGUAAUAACUGCUGAAAAUGAGGCUUUGAAAUCACAAGUAAAAAUUGAAUCUUUGAAAUAACAGUUGUGUAUAUAUAUAUAUAUAUACAUAUUGCUUAUGUUUAAGCAGGGACUACAAACGAAAUGUUUUUCAUUUCGGUUCGUUCUGAGCAAAAACUGUAUUUUUUCCGUUCCAGUUCAGAAGUUCCAGAGUCUCCUUUCCAAAAGGUUACUGGUUAGAACAAAAUAAAAGAAUGGUUAAUAACGUUGUUUUUAAAAUGACAGUACUCUGUGCUAACAGUGGGUGAAAUACAAGUUGCAGUGUUGCCAGAUCUCACAAGAGAAACGAGCAACAUGGUCUGAAAAAACAAGCCCAAAAUAAGCCACUUGCCUCACCAGAAUAAGCGAAAAUAAGCGAUACAUUGUUUUCCUGUGUGGUGGAUUGAUUGACAUAGAAAUCAUAACAAGCAGUUAAUUAACAGUGAAGUAUAAUUGUAUUUUCAGAUCUGCUUCUGAGUCAAAACCCGACAGCAUCAAAUCUGUAAUAAUGCAUCAUAUCUAACAGUAAUUCAGUGAAGACUUGGAAACAACUCAUUAAUUAUCCUUGUAUCUGGAUUAACCGUGCAUGUAUAUGUAGUAAAUAUACAUAGUUGUUAAAAAGGUCUUGAUUCACAGAAUGCGACAUCCACAACGGGCGGUUAGGAAAAGAAAUGUGUGAUGCAGCAGUUUCCUUCUGGAUCAAAGCACACUUUUCAUUUUUCGGGCAGCAUGAAGUGGUGUAGUUCCAAACAUUUACUGUGAUAAACUCUUUUGCCUUUGGAUUUAUGAAAAAAUUAUCUGAACAAAAUUAAUGGGUUAUAACCAGUUAGCAUAAUUUAAAAUAAGGUUUCACUCCGGAACAAUUGAAAAAAUUUGUUCGUUUUCGUUCUUGAACCGUUUUUAGUCCCUGUGUUUAAGUUAGUGUUUUUCAAUUUAAUAUAUCUGUAGUGAAGAGAAGCAUCAAUUUCUUUCAAGAACAAAAAUGUCUUUGUGUUUGCAAACUUUUAAGGGUAGUGUACAAAAGCAGAUGAUGGUUAAAAAAAAUCCCAGUAACAUCUUUAAAAUUAUGUCAGGUUUCAAAAUAACCAAAGUCACUUUCAAGGCAAGUCAGUCCACUAGGCGUUCAUCUUUGGAACGCUCCUGGGCAGCUAUUUUCCAUGGAUACAAGGGGCAUAAAAGUGGGGAAAGACUGAAAUCUUCAAAACGACUGGUCAAGAUCAUGAUUAAAGAACAUAUUUAAAAUCAGCAGUAGACAAUGACAACAAUAGAAUCAUAAAUCGUGCUUCUUUAGCUCAGUUCAUGCUAAGAAACGCUAUUUUUCAGGCUGGUUCAGAUAAUGCCCGUGUGUUUUUGAAUUAACCUACAGGCGAUGUCUGUAUCUAAAAGCUCUUUCUAGCAAGUCAGUCCACUGCUGGCCAUCUUCGGACGCUCCCGGGAGGCUAUUUCCAGUCAUGCCAGUGCAGCUGCUCUAUCUACUUGAAUGGGGGAACACUGAAAUCUAAAAAAUGAUUGGUCAAGAUUAUGAUCAAAGAACAUAUUUCAAAUCAGAAGUAAAAUCUGACAACACUGGUAUCAUAAAUUGUGCUCCUUUACCUCAGAUUACGAUACAAAAAACCCCACAAUUUUCCCAGCUUGUAUAGCUAAUGUGUGUUCUCGAGAUGAUUGACAGGCGAUGUCUGUAUCUAAAAGGUGAUUGGCUCUUUUACCGGUAUGGCGGAACUUACUUUCUACAUCCAUUGACCAUUGGGCGCUUGAGCUUCUUGGUUGGGCGCUCCAAUUUCUCCCAUUUAUUUUAAUAGAAGUGACCCGUCUCUGCUAAAUAGUUUCUGAGUUAACUGUGAGAACGCACCACCCAGGAUCACGUGAUUAUAAACGGCAAAAUUACUUCCUCGAAGUGACAAUUAAAGGUACCCUUCGAUAACAGCCUUGUGGAAGGGCUCUUUGUGAAGGGGUUCACAUGCUUGCAUUCAUUUGGAAAGACACUUCAAUCAAUUCCUGCAAUGGUGCUAAAAAGCCAUUUGAAAUUAGUUUAUACCAGAGACAGUUUAGCAGAGAAGGACCACUGGUAUAAAAUUAAUGGGAGAAAUCGGAACAGCCAACAGAUGUAGAAAAGGAAGUCCCGCCUUAAAGGUAAAAGAGCCAAUCAACUUUUAGAUACAAACAAUCUCCUGUCAGUCAACUCGAGAUCACGCAUGCGCAUUAUCUGAACCAGCCUGAAAAAUAUGUUUUUUAAGCGUGAUCUGAGCUAAAGAAGCACUAUUUAGGAUACCAUUGAUGUUAGAUUUAACUGCUGAUUUGAAACACGUUCUUUGAUUGUGAUCUUGACCAACCGUUUUGAAGAUUUCGGUCUUUCCCCAUUGAAAUAGAUAGAGGAGCUGUACUUUUAUAGUGCUUGUUUACAUAGUAAAUCACUGCCCAGCCUUCCCAAGAGUGUUCCAAAGAUGGUCGCCAGGCAGACUGACUUGCCUUGAAAGGGAUUUUGCUUAAACUUGAGUUGCUUUAUGAAUAGUGUGCAACAGUCUGGUUCUGGAAGUAAAAAUCUCAUUCAUUUAUCCCAUAGACGAACUGAUUUUCGAUGAUAACUUAUAAACCUUUAAAGACAGACAUACCGUGAGCUACGAGGUUGUUUAUCGAUGGUAUAUGCUUCCGUUGAAGCCAUCCAUCUGCGUUCUCAACUUCAUUGUUUAAAAAUAGUGUUUGAUAGCAGAAUUCAUGGUUAACAUUACAUUACCCAUGGUACAGCAGAGAAAGCUUCACCAAUCAGAGAACCGUGUCCAACGGAACCCACGAAACGUGGCUCGGAGCGACCGCGUGCUCCCAUGAUGCACUGCGAAUGAUGUAAUUGAGUCAGUGUCCCUUCACCCUUAAAUUACUAUUUGAACAUAUCAGGAUAUUUUGUAAUAAACCUAAAAUAUAUUGCUUCUAUACUUAUAAUCAACAACCUAACAUCAACAAUUUUAUAUAUUCCCAUUGUUUCUUAUUCAAUGACAUCAUUCGCAAUGCUUCAUGGGAUUGUAGUCCGUGCCCUCAUGAAACACGAUAAGUACACAGCCUUGAACCUUUGUCUUUAUGUCCGAUUUACUUUUUUGACAAAACCAAGUUUGUGAUGUUGGAGCUGGUUUGUUUGGUUCAUGGUUCACAACUCUUUUAUGAAGGAUUUUAUUUAAAAGUCUAUGGAAGAACUGAAUGGGGAAAAUACUUCCGGAACGUAGACGGCUGAAAAAGUGGGCGGUCACUGUUGCGUUCUAUUGCCGUCUCGAGCUUGCAUCGCUAGAACCGUUUGCGUUCAUGCACAAUGUGUUUCGGCACUAACUCAAUUACAUGAGACCAUGCUAAGCUUUUCUUUUUUGUUGAAACACUUACAUUAAUUCUUCAAAAGAAUGUGCUAUUAUUUGAGCUGUAAUGUUGUCUAAAUUGUCGUUUUGGUGGGACUACUUUUCUAAGCGGAUGUGCAUAAGGUACUGGAUUUACCUAGUCAUAACAGUUGAAAAAUAUGAUAGAAUGCUAUUCUUGUCUGUGUUCUAUCAUGUGGAUAUACUGUUUAUUUUCCCAUUUAUUGCAUUGCCCCUAUUUAUUUUCUGUGGUAAAAUCUCAUAGCGAAUAUUUGCUGUAGAACAUAGAACAUUCCUUUAACGCUACAAAACAAUUAGCACACCAAUAUUGUAAAUAUGGUUUCGGGUUUUUUUAUAGCUAAAAGGAACUUGAUUGAAGUUUAGUCUAUUUUUAUGUGAUAAAACAGUUUGUAUAGACAGUUGAAAUGAAAAGUACAGAAAAGGUUCUAUUUCCAUGUUGAAUGCUAAAGUCAAUAUGGCGGCUCUUUAAAAUUCGUAAUUAAAUUUUGUCCAGCUAAUUUAUUUUCUAUGAUGCAAUUGACUGACUUGACAUUAACUUAAUGCACAUUGUAUAUUUUUAUGCUGAUAGAGUCUGAUCUUUUUAAAGAGAUAUGUCAUGUUCUCGCUACAAGUGUCCUUGUGAUGUUCAAGUGAACGUAUUUUGUUGAAAAUAUCUAAGCUUUUGUCGACACGCUCGCAAACAGCAGGAAGUCCACGGGGUUCUUCUCGAAAUUUCUACAGCUUAUGCUGCCGUCAUGUGCUAUCGUAAUGAUCCUACUUCCCACUUCUUAAGUCUAAUAUGCUGUUCAAGUGGAGUCGGAAAUAUCGUAAUUACGAGUUCCGAGCACAUGAAUGACCAAGCGAAGUUGUAUUAAUGAGUGGGAAAGUCAGAAUUCUAGAUGAUACUCAAGAUUCCAAGUUGGGACAUUGGAAGGGGCGUGUCGACAUGAAAGAUAGUGGAAACCAAUGAUUUUGCUAAAUUAUUCAACUUCUGUACUAUAUUUCAAUAAUAUUCAUUUGUUCAUUUCAUUUGACUCGCCCUUCGCGGAUAAGGAAAUUAAUUCAUAAUAUGUACCAUAUUGAUACCAUGCAUUAAUAAAUCAUAUAUGUCGUGUUUAAGUGAUUGCUGGUUUAUUCACUUUUAUUUAUUCACCAUUACAACAGAAAAAAAAAGCUAUUGCCGUUGUUCAUUGCAUAUUUGUUUGGCUUCUUCCGUAUUUUGUACGAGCUUCCCAGGUCCACUUGAAGGCAGCAUAAUUAAGAGCACGUCACAUUCAAGUGCUUUGUUGUUGGAAACAUGGAGGAUGCCAGGUUCAUUCAUGGAUAUUUCUUGGGGAACUCUCAUUUUGACUGGCUGACGAUAAUGGAAUUUUGGUCAAAUACAUGCUAUUUUCUCUGUUUAAAAAAUGCACAAUAAGCAUUAAAUAGAUCCUGAUAUACGUAAAUGUAUGUGACUGAAAAGGCAAGCGAUAAUAUGGUCGCUGCAUUUGUAACCAGUCCUGCUCGACCCACUCCGAGCGGGAUUCUAACUGGUGUCUCUGGCAUGGGAGGCAGGCAUGUUAACGAGGAGGCUAAAGGCUAUAGCCUCUAGCGUCAGUUGCUAGUGCGCCUCUUGAGGAUGGGGAGUGAGAUUUACACACACUGCACAGAAUGUACCAGCUGACUACCAUUACACUCACCCCGCUAAACCUCAUUCCCACCCGGGUCACGGCACCACUGUAACCGGUCCUGCUCGACCCGCUCCAAGCGGGAUCGAACCAGUGUCUUUCGCCAAGGAGGCUAAAGGUUACAGCCUCGGGUUCGGGAUUCGAACUGGUGUCUCUGGCAUGGGAGGCGGGCACGCUAACGAGGAGGCUAAAGGCUACAGCCUCUAACGUCAGUCGCUAGUGUGCCUUUUGAGGCCAGGGGAGUGAGGUUUACACACACCGUACAUCCACCUACCAGCUGGCUGCCGUUACACUCACCCCCCUAAACUUCACUCCAAUCCAGGUCACGGCACCACUGUAACCGGUCCUGCUCGACCCGCCCCGAGAGGGAUUCGAACCGGUGUCUCUGGCACAGGAGGCGAGCACACUAACGAGGAGGCUAAAGGUUACAGCCUCUAGCGUCAGUCGCUAGUGUGCCUCUUGAGGCCAGGGGAGUGAGGUUUACACACUGCACAGCUACCUACCAGCUGGCUGCCAUUUCCAAAAACCAUCAUUCGCAAUUAAAACUGUACAAUCAUCCGCCAUGCUCCAACUCGGAAACUCAGGUAACAAAAGUUUUCCAGUCGUAAUUACGACUUAGGCCACCUACAUACUAGAAUUAACGCUGUGUCAGAGAACGCUGUGAGUGCAGUCACGCUCCGUCAUGCGACCAAAAGUUGAAAGCAUUGACCAAUGAAAAUCUAGGAAUGGCGGGACUAGUUGCGCUGUGAAAUCCCAAAAAUAUGGCAGACAAACUCAUUCAUGCAGUAUAUUCAUGCCUUGUCCUUUAAAGAGAUAGUAAUUGUAGAGAGAUAGCCUGGAGAACAGUUUCAAUGUUUAGUGGUACUGGUACAUUGAAUCUGCAAUUGCCGAUUGUUUUCAAACUGAACCACCUCCUCCCUCAAGUACAUGCCUUCCAAAUGGACCUUUCGCUCUCCCAUGCGUCAAACGCUCUGUUGGUGCUUUCCCUAGUGUGUAAGCGCCCUAAGGUGGCUUUCGAGUAGGAAACUCAUAUUUACAGUAAUUCCGAUAGCACGUGAAGACAGCAUUAGUGUACAGACAUCCUGUUCAACUGUGAGGUGAAAAUGUCCAGUAGCCCUCAGGGUUAUAGAAAUCCUUGGUUGUUUCCUUGUGGAAUAUCAAACACAGCUCAAUUAGAGGCUUUUUAUUUUUGAAAUUUAUGAAUUCAUGGGUAAUUGUAACCAAAUGCCUGAGUGGUCAUAUCAAAAACGCAUGAGUAAAUUUUCACUUGGUUUUGGGACUAUCUGUCAUGUAAUACCUUAAUAUUAAUAAUUGAUGUUUUUAAACUAACAAGGCUGCUUACCUUGAACUUUCUUUUUGUAAAGAAAUUGAACUGUAAUAAACAAUAUUAAAGUAUGAGCCAUACACAGUUUCUCUCGCUUUGAGUAAUUCUUUUGGUGUGUCAAAAUCACUAAAGUAAAAUUACUGUACGUGUCAACUGGUGCAUGAGGUGUUUUCAAAUAUGGCAAGUUUGGUGGAUUUGGACACUUGGCAGAGAAAGAGGUGAGAGCGUUAAAAAGUUGGGAAAUGCUGAAUUUUUGGCAAACAAGAAAAAUCACCGGAUGGCAGCCAAUUGCAAAGUAAGAAAGAGAACGAAAGAAAGAGGUAUUUGUCGUAAAACAAUAGUACUACUAAAUUUACCAUGGUUUUACUACAGUAAUCAUAGGUCAACUAUAGUAUUUAUAGUUCAAACAUAACCACACUAUUUACUAUGGUUUUACUACAGUAACUAUUUUAACCAUGAUUCCAAUUCUAUAAUAAUAGAAAUAAAACAAUCACUGCCAGAAAUCAUGGUUUUACUAUAAUAACACCAUGGUUAAUUUGUUGUAUAUGUACCAUAGGUUUUAAAACCAUGGUUUCCCUGUAUUAUUACUUUGGUUUUACUACAAAUAGCAUGGUUAAAAUUUUAUUACUGUAGUGAAACCAUGGUCAAUUUUGUGGUUAUUAUUUUACUUAAAAUACUACAGUUUAACAGUGGUUACUGUGGUAAAAUCAUGGUUAACUUUCAUAAGGGAUAGAUAAAGCUCUUGUGAGGGAACGUAAAACUUUUUGCACAUUUCACUUCUGAAUCACUUUAUAGCCCAUACCUUACCAUGUGUCUGCACUACAAUGUUCAUCUGCACUAUUCUACAUAUCUAGCUCAUUCGCAACUGCACUUCACCUGCAUUAUUUUUUUUAUGAUAUAUUAUUAUUACUUGCACUUCUGGUUGGAUGCUAACUGCAUUUCAUUGGCCCUGUACUUGUAUUGUGCGCAAUGACAAUAAAGUUGAAUCUAAGUAUUUCAGCCCUCUAGUGGACAUGGAGGGAAUCUAUUUCCUAAAAUUGAUUUGUGUCCCCUUGCAAUUAUUUUGGGUUCUCUCGCAAUAAAUCAACUAUGGUUUUAGUACAGUAUCCAAUGGUUGAAAUAUGGAAUUUAUACUAAAACCAAAUCAUGGUUACUACAAUAUUACUAUACAAUCCCACCAGGACACAUUGCAGCACUUUUUCUUGAUUAUUGCUUCCCAAAACGACUGAAUGUGCUGCAACUUUUCUCAAAAAUGUUGAUGCCUUUUGCAGUGUUUUUGUUGUUUUGCAGUGAAACCCCACAAAUAACCACAGUACUGUUUUUUUUUAUUUUAUUUUAUUAUUGUUAUAUAAAAUUUUCUGCCUUAGAUAAUGCAAGUAAAAUUUGGUAAGGUGCAAAUAGAAGACCUACAAUAAAACUGUGAACUAAAAACACAAAAGAAGAGUGAUUACAUUGCCUGAUCGCGAUCAUUUAUUCUAACCCAGAUUAUCUGAGAUAACAGCCAUUAUUGAGCACUUUAAAUUCCAAUUACAAUUUACUAUCUAAAUAAGGGAAUUUUUAGCAAAUAGAACAACGCCAUGCAUGCUGUUUUUUGUGUCUCAUUUUUAGGUGCAACAGUGCAUUGCGUGAGCACUCCAAUCAUGGCAUUGCCCCUCUAGAUUUUCCUUGUGUAUGAACCCUCAACGACCAAGAACAUUUUCCGUUACACAAAUGUUAAAUUAAGGUGAAACUGGAGCACUUUGCGUUCACUAUCAAAAUUCUUGUGUAAACCUUCGCAGGACCUUAGACAGCACGCAUCAUAUUUAGACAGCUCAUAUUUAAUAUUUAAUAUUUACACGCUCUUUAGGAGCUGCUCAGAGUGCGGUCCGUGGUGCAGGGUCGGUUACUGUGGAGAUUAUAUAAUGCCGGCUGUGCAGUUGGAUAGGUCUCAACUGUGUCAAGCUUUUGAAGCAUUUGGUUUUGCUGCGGUCAAACGUGGAAAAAAGCGUUCAGAUUACCUCAGAUUUAUGGUUCAUGUGGAAAAAUGGUGAAACUUAUACAAAACUGCAAGCUACUACAAAUAACACGCAAAGUGGUUGAAUUUGCAUUGAUUCCGGAAGGACUGACUAUAUCACGAGGGAACGCAAAACUAUUUCAGAAAAUAAAUUCCCUCCUGUUGUAAAGGGUUCCGUAUAUUACUAUAUUUAAUUCAGAUAUCAAAAGCAGUUUGAAUGCUAGCUAGGUUGUUUACUGCUAAUGUAAGCGCAUUAAAUUGACACUGUGUAAACUUUGGGCAGUCAGAAAUAAAGUUAUAAUUUUUCAAACUGUAAUCAUAUAUACAUUUGGUGAUGUUAUCUGUAUAAUGAAAGCAAAUCAUAGCUCAUACUAAAGACACCCCAUGCUGUACGUUUUAUAGACACACCCCCAAAGCUGCGAUUUGUGUGCUGAUUAUUUUCUUUGCUAGUGGACACUUAUGGUUCGACCUCGGAUGAAUCACUCAAGAAGCCUGCAAGGUUGGUAUUCCACUUUGUUUUAUUCGUAUAGAAGUCUGCAACAGUGUCUAUUUCAGAUGGUUACCAAUGUGCAAAAUAUAAACCAUGGAAUUUUCUCUUUCUGGAAAAAAAAAAAAACUAACAAAUUUCACAUUCAUGGAUUGGCGUUAAUGCAAAAGCAGUGACACAGAAUCCACAACACUCAACGCUGACUUCCAAUCUGAGGUGCGGAUAUCAUCAGCAUUGAGAAUUAAUGGCCAUCAACGUAGCAAUAAAUCCAAAAACUCUGGAAUUUCAAGACCUGGUGUCACUAUAGUAACAGCUGGUAAGACUGGUGUCCCCGCUAUGAAUGCUGACUGUUAGUGAAAAUUCAGUCAUCACUUACCUUCAUGUUGUUCCAAACCUGUGUGCCGCAACACAAAAAACAUUUUUCAAAGAAUCUUUAAGCAGCUUGUUUUCAUUCGACAAUUCACGGCGACCACGUUGUCAAGAUCAAAAAUGAUGAAACAAGAGAAAUUCCACUCAUGUACUGUAUUGCAAAUCUUCCUAAAGCAAUAACAAUAGCUAUGUCUGAGGAACAGACCCAAAUUUCAGUCGCUAUUCACAUAUAGCACACCAGUUGUACAUUGGACUACUUUUAUGAAGUUUUUAUGAACAGUAGAACAGAAAACAGCUGCAUGAAGAUUUUUCAAAAUGAUCCUUUUGUGUUCCACAGAAAGAAAGAAAAAAUAUAGCACACCACUUUGGAACGACAUGAGGGUGAGUAAAUACGUGACCAAAUCUUUUUCUGUGAACUAUUUGGGACAGAUUGACCUCCAAAACGAAAAUAAAACGCAAAAGGGAAUCAAAAAUGAUUUUGAUUGUGAUUUGUGCGCCAUUUCUCAAAUAGCAGUUUUAAAGAUGCAGAGCGUGCAAGUAUGAGAGUGAAUGUGUUUGUUGGUGUUUGUUUGUGUAAGGGGGCUUAAAGGGAUAAUUCACCCAAAAAUGAAAAUUCUCUCAUCAUUUACACACCCUCAUGCCAUCCCAGAUGUGUGUGACUUUUGUUCUUCAGCAGAACACAAAUGAAGAUUUUUAGAAGAAUAUUUCAGCUCUGUAGGU